GAAUUAGUUGAUAAAUAUUAUCCGAUUGAAGUUAAUAAUCAAUUAACAGAAGAACAAAAAUGGCCAUAUAUGAUUGAAUGGUGGACUCAAGCUCAUCAGCUAUUAAUUGAUCAAAAAAUCAAUAAAGAUGAUGUAGCUGCUAUGGUAGCUGAAACUCCUGUGGAUAUAAGGGAAGGUUUAAGAGAAUUGAUCGAAACAUGUAAUGAGAAAAAAAUACCAUUUCUGGUGUUUUCUGCCGGAGUUAAGAAUGUGAUUGAAGAAAUUUUAAUCGCAGAAAAACUUUAUCAUAGCAACAUGCAUGUUGUAUCCAAUAAAAUGAUCUUUAAUCCGGAGACAGGAAUAUGUGAUGAAUUUGCAGAACCAUUGAUUCACAUUUUUAACAAAUCUGAAGUUGCAAUUAAAGAAUCAUAUUAUCAUAAAACAAUUGAGGAUAGAAAAAAUGUUAUUUUACUUGGAGAUUCUAUCGGAGAUCUUAAAAUGUCUAGUGGAGUUAAACAUGAUGUUUGUUUAAAUAUAGGAUUUUUAAAUUAUGAUAACGAUGAAGUAUUAAAAAUAUAUUUAGAAAAAUUUGAUAUUGUUGUAACCGGUGAUGGUCCUAUGGAAGUUGCUAAUAUGAUUUUACGAGCGAUUAAUCAUUAA